UCGACACGCACGCGCGUCCAGGUGUUAAUCCUUGGUCUAACAGUGGAGUGAACAAGACUUUCAUCACUCAAAUCUCCACCUUAUAAAUAAUUCUAAAGUAGUGUCUAAAAAAUUAAUUUAACACUUAAUUUUUUUUUUUUAAUAAAGACAAUUACAAUUAUGAUUGUCAAAUAGUUGCAAGAAAAGUUAUAAUUUCAUUUACUGUGAAGACUUGGCUCACUAUUGGUUUAAUAUUAAAAGUCAACAAAAAUUCAAAUAUAUUUAUUCUAAAUAAAUAAACAAAUUGAAAUUGACUAUCAUCAAGUAGUGUUUAAGUGACUUAGUGUGAAUUGUGUAAUAAACCAAUAUUAUCUACAUUAGAAACAAUUGAAUUAAUUUUACUUAAUAACUUAACAAAUUAAUCAGAAAGUGCUGAUUGAUUGAAUAAGUAACAAAAGUGGUGAUUGAUCAACAACUAUGGUGGUAUUGAGUCGAGUUGGAUCGCCGACAAUGUCAGCGAGUGUUGCAAGCAAUCAACAGCAACAUCAUCCCCACCAGGAAUGGGACAUCAACGACUCGAAUGUGCCACGGAUAGUGGAUUAUGACACGUGGUCUGAAUGGGCUGAUGGACAUGUGAGGAAAGUUUAUGCACCAAAUUGUGAAGAAGCACGUAAACAUGCUUCAGGAUGGGCCAUGAGGAAUACCAAUAACCAUAACGUCAGUAUUUUGAAGAAGUCUUGCUUAGGAGUGUUAAUAUGCUCUCAACACUGUGUUCUGCCAGGUGGAGGAAGGGUUCAUUUACGUCCGGCCAUUUGCGAUAAGGCUCGGAAAAAGCAACAAGGAAAACCCUGUCCAAACAGAACAUGUCCAGGACGACUGGAGAUUUUAUCAUGUCGAGGACAUUGUGGCUAUCCAGUGACACAUUUUUGGCGACAUACAGACGAUGCAAUAUUUUUCCAAGCGAAAGGACAACAUGAUCACCCAAAACCUGAAGCUAAAUCAACCUCAGAAGCUCGACGAAGUGCCGGUGCUGGCAGAAGAGUUCGAGGUCUAGCGGUAUUACUUGCUAGAGAUGCUGCUCUAGGAACAAAGUUGAUGUCACUCAGAGGAACCAAGAGACCGAAUUCUGAACCACUAGAAAUACCACCGCAAAAGAGUGCGCAGCCACCACCAUUGAUAUCAGAUAAAAGUUAUACUUGCACCUGUCUGCCAUUCGAGUGUGUCUGUGGUCUUCAAACAACCUACCAACCCCCUCACCAACAUCAAUCCCAGUAUCAUCAGCAACCAACACCACCUGAGCAAUCAUUCUGGUACCAGGACACUUUGUGUAAUAAUCAAGAGACUACAGGUUAUUGUUUACCAACACAAGUACCUCAGGAAGCUUCUUAUCCGGACAAUUUUCCAUCAUUUACUACAGAUUUAUUCCAACCAGAAGAAAUUUUCCAACUAGACCAACCAAUUAGACCAGAUUUUUCAACCAACUCCCAAGAUAUUGCUCGAUCUCCAUCAACACUACUAGAUCUUGGUUCUGGAAUGAUCAAAUACGAGACAAAACAAUCACAAGAUGCUUACUGGCAUCAGUUGCUGAGUGAUGAUUCAAGUAGCAGUCAUCAGAGUACAUCUCAACACCAAGACGAGAACCAAAUCCACUUAUCAAAGACUGCUGAUCAAACUUAUUGGAAUCAUGACAAUCGGUUGCAGUUUCCAGCAUUUGAUUCUCAAAAGUGCAUCGAAAAUGACCUAAACUGCUCUAGAUAUGAUGUGAAUCACUAUCACAAAACACCAAGUAUGAAACUGAAUGCUGUCAAUGAAUCCAGUCUCCCUAGUCAAAGCCCAACUCUUCAAAAUCCACCAACAUACAUCAAUUAUGAUGAAUAUCCAUCGACAUUGGAUCCAACGAUAUCAAAAAAUUCUAUUCAUCGUCAAAGCCCUGAUGAUCGAAUCAAUUAUGAAAUUCCUAAUAAACAUUCAGGUUUUUCUAAUCGAAUAUAUUCAGAGCAAUCUCAAGAACCUGUGAUGCACCACAUCAGUUCAGAACCUUAUUUCUAUACCAAUGAUAAAUGUUACUAUACCUGUGAAGUUGUUGAUUCAAGAUUAUCUCAUUUACCUUCAUUUGGGAAUCAAGGUAAUUAUGGAGAUGUCAAUGAUUUAGAUCUUCCAACUUAUGUGGAUUAUACUUUAGUAGGGAUGCUGUGCAAUCCUGAUGAAACUAAUGCUAACAAUAAUGGACUUAUUUCAAAUUGUGAUCAAAAUAAUUCUGCUUUUAUUUCUCAUCAUUAAAUUUAAUUUAAUUAAAAGACUCGACUUUUAUUGAUAAAUAUUUUAAGCUAUUGUAAUUAAUUGUAAUUGUAUUAUAUUGAUAAAUAGGACAAUUAUUGUAAUUAAUAACAGAUUUGUUAUUACUGAUUUUAUUUUUUGUUAUUUGUAAGGAUAAUUCGAGUCGAUAAAUUGUAUAUGUAUGUCAUCUUUGAA